GUCUUCCGGAUUGUCGUCGACCGUGUGAGAGUUCACAGGUUAUGCAGAGGUCGUGUUGUGUGUUUUUCUCUCUGCAGCUCGUAUUUUACCCACCGGGACUAGUGAUGUGAUGGCCUUCCUGACUCUGUUCAUGAGGAGGCAGUUGCCGCAGGCCGUGAGCCACUACGCCCGGCUGGUGAAGCUGCCCGGGCCUCCCUCCGCCGGAGCCCCGCUCAGGAGGCUGCACGGCUCGGCCCGGCGGCGGGUCGUGGAGAAGGGUCCGUGGGGGAAGAACCGGGGGCCGGAGCCGCAGCAGCAGCAGCAGCAGUACCCGCUCACAGACCUGGACAAGGCGGACGCUCUGAUGCUGAGAAAGUCCCAUGAAACAGGAUUCCUGUCAUGGUUCAGAAACGGCCUGCUGGCGACUGGGAUCGGAGUGAUCGCAUUCGUCCAGAGUGAAGUGGGACGAGAAGCAGGAUAUGCCUUCUUCAUCCUGGGAGGUGUGUGUGUGUCGUUUGGCGGCACCUCGUACAUUGGCAGCCUCUUCGUCUUGCGGAGGAUGAUGCUGCUGUCUGUGCCAGCGCUGCUGCUCCAAGGAGCCGCGGUGGGCAGCGUCGCCCUCUUCUGGCUCUGCGCUGUGUCGCUCUACAUCGGCCGGCUGGAGGUGGAGAUCAUCCACGAAGACGAGGAGGGGGAGGACGAGGAAGAGUGCCGGGAGUGCCGAGAGAGGCGCGAACACCGGGGCUACCGAGGCUCCAACGAUAGCGAGGACAGUGACAGCAAAGGGCCAAACAAGUAGAGAUCUUCCAGGAAUGAAGAGUGGGAAGCUGUGUGUGUGUGUGUGUGUGUGUGCGCGUGCGUGCGUGUGUGCGUGUGCGUGUGUGCGCGCGCGCUGCUGAUUCUGGGUUUCUCCUAUUUGUAUGUGUGUGGGUUUUUUUGUGCGUAUGUGCAGCCUGUAUGUUCAUGUGCAGGCUGUGUGUGAGUCUGUAGUUACAAAUAUAUCAUCUAUUGUUAUAAAGAUUAUUAUUAUUUUUAAGGUGGUGGAGAAAGACUUUAAGACCUUUUGGAAAACUGGUCAGAAAAAUUGCUGAUAAUUUGACUACAUUCACACUACACUGGUGAAUAAAUCAUCUUUUUUUGUAAGAUUUCUUACGAGUAAAUGCUGCCUCCCUAUCUGAAAAUUAUAUAGUUUUUUUUUUUUUUUUUAAAGUUAUUUUUUACAUUAUCGGUUCUGCAAAGACUCACUGAGAACAUAAUUUGUUCAAUCAUCACUACGCCAUAUGCAAUCAUUUCUAGGCCUCUGUUCUCAACCACGCUGUUUGUCUUACCGGUGUAACUUAGUGUAAUAGAGCACUUGAAGGUUUCGAAAAAUCUUAAAAUAAAACAAGCCACUUGCGAUAUGCUGUGAGAUGUUGAAACAAUGGACAUACAGUGUGUACAUUUCAGGUCUGUCUUUUUUUUUUAUUUUAAUUUUUUUUAAACAAAAUCAUUGAGGGCUUAGAAUAGCUUUUUACAGAGUUUUUUCCAGUUUCAUAAGGGCAAUAGCACUUUUGUCAGCUUUUGUUUGUCAUUAUAGGAACUCUAGACUAUUUUUUCUGUGAUUAUGUAUUUUGCUCUGUAUUGUUCAUACUCAUGUACAGUACCAAACUGCAACCAGAAACCCAUGUGAGUUAUCACUUUAAUUGCUGUUGUAAUGGAUGUAAAGAGUAGUUGAUAGAGCAGUUGAUGAUAUUGAGUUUCUGUGCGGAUAUGGGGUUCACUAUCAUUAUUUUGUUUUUUGCACCACUUUCAAUGCAGCCUACUGUAUGUACAGUAAUAAAGCAAGAAGAAAUCUGUGCUGAAACAAAGUCAAAGCUUCAGUGUUUGUGCUUUUAUCACUCCUCCAAGAGAUCUUUAUAUAUGUGCUGUGAGAUAAUUGGCAGGAAAUAUAAUUUUCCUUAGCAUUUUGGGUGAUAAUUACGGUGUGGUUCAGUCAAAAAGACAGGAGCCACUUAAAUAGACUAUUACAUAGAGUUUACAUCAUUGAAUAACACAACACCUUAAAGAAAUUUCUUUUUGUGACUACCUUUCCAAUGCAUUUUUCCACCUCAUUUGAUGCAAACCACUUAUAUUGAGAUCAUUAGUCCAAGCGUAAAAUAAUACAUGCAGCAGUCCCACAUCUGCUGGGGUUUAAUAGUGUCCAGUAGUUUUUUGGGAAUUAGAGUAACUCUAAAUUUGUCAGGAAAGUUGCACCACUACAGCACAACUGAGGUGGAUUCUUAAUUGUGACCUGGCCUUAAUCAGUUUAUAUUGUGCUUACAUGCUGCAUAUGCCUCAAUAAAUUUGCAUUUAAUCAAAA